AUGUCAUUUCAGCCUACCUGGAGCGACUCACUAUUUCAAAAGCUAUUCGGAGGACUAGGGAAGUGGGAUGCUGCCUAUUUUCUGAAAAUAGCAGAAGAAGGAUACAAAUAUGAGCAGUAUAUGGCUUUUUUCCCGUUAUAUCCUUGGAUAUUAUUAUAGGACCGCGCGUCACCUGGAUAUUCAAACCAGCAGUUAAAUGUUUUAUGAGCCAGGGCCAGUGCCCUUCUGGCUUGUGGAUGGACUAAAAACACAUUGUUUUUCACAUUAGCAGCUGUUUUGUUUUAUAUACUGACUCGAUAUUUAUUUAAAAGAAACAAGGUUGCCCCGAUUUCUUCUCUUCUGUUUUGCAUAAUCCCCGCAAGUGUGUUCAUGUCUAGUCUUUACACUGAAAGCUUGUUUUCUUGCGUUCAACUCACUGCGCUGUACCGUUUUGAGCAAGAAAAUUCAAUCGUGGUUUUGUUGCUGUUUGGUAUCGGUUGUGCAACGCGUUCUAAUGCCAUCUUAUCUUGUGGUUUCAUAGCUCAUAGCAUAUUAAAACAUUUUGUUUCUUAUGAACUUACCUUACCCAUAGUGUCCUUAGAUCAUCUCAACAUGGCAUUUGUCUUCUCUACAGUGACUACUCUGCUAAAGGUGUUACUUCUGAAUGGUAUUGUGCUGGUGCUGUUUAUCCUAUUUCAGUUACAUGGAUACAGUUUGUAUUGUUUUCCAUUUGCUGGAGAUACUUCACAUGAUUAACUGCCAAGGUGUAACAAGUGGCUUCCACUUCCUUACUGACACAUUCAGGAUACUUACUGGGAUGUGGGAUUUUUACAUUACUUUGAGUUAAAGCAAAUUCCAAACUUUUUGCUCGCUGGGCCAAUGAUUGUUCUGAGUUCAUGCUCAGUGCUGGCUUACUGUUGUCACAAGAAGAAUCAUGUAGUGAUGAAAACACUUGGCCUGUUGAAACGAAAACACAAGCAAAAUAAUAUGGCAAAGUAA